CACACACAGACACACACUUACACACUCACACACACACACACAGAGUAACUGCCUAUGCCAGAGCCUCCCUGUGCUCUCAGCUCAAGCCCUCUUAAAGCUGUUUUUCUACUGGAGAUCAGUGAGAGCUAACGACACACAGCUGCCUCUGCUGAAGACAGAGGAAGGACAAGAGGAGAAGAGAGGGAGGGGAAAAGAGGGAGGAGAGGACAAGCUCGGGGGAAAACAAAACCACCAGCAGCCUCUUAACUCCUCGUCUGUGUGUGUCUCCGGUGGUCCGGUGCAGUCAUUCUUCAGCAGGGAGUGUUUUUCUUUCUGCUGUAGUUCACGACUUUUUCCUUUCCUUUCCUUUUUCUUUUCUUUUUUUUUUUUUGGAGUCAGGGGGGGAAGGAAUAAGUGGAGGAAAAGAAGAGGGGUUGGAGUUCACAUGACAUAAUCGGAGUGAAUGGGUUGCCAUGGUAACUCACCCAGGGAGCCUGACCCGUGCAGAGUGAAUGGAGGGAGCGCCUUGGACACCAAGUGAACGAUAAACUAACGGAGGGGAGUCACCAGAGAGAGACCAGAGAGAGAGAGAGAGAGAGAGAGGGCGAAAGAGAGAGAGAGAGCGACAGAGGAGAGAGCGAAGGAGUGGUGGAUAACAGAGGGAGCGCAGAGGAGCGGAGCAGAGGUUGAGAAUGGAGGACGGGUUUUCCAGCUACAGCAGCUUGUAUGACACCUCAUCACUGCUACAGUUCUGCAACGAUGACAGUGCGUCAGCAGCCAGCAGUAUGGAGGUGACCGACCGCAUCGCCUCCCUGGAGCAGAGGGUCCAGAUGCAGGAGGACGAGAUUCAGCUGCUGAAGUCGGCUCUGGCCGACGUGGUCCGCAGGCUCAACCUGUCCGAGGAGCAGCAGGCCAUGGGGUCACGCAGAGGACCCACCAAAGCCAGGCCAAUGAUUGCCACCCUGCCGUUACGGCCCACAGUAAACAACGGGACCAUCCUACCAAAGAAAGGCAGCGGCACUCUGCCCUCCCCGUCUGGAUCUGGAUCCAGGAAGGACACCAGCGCACCAGCCAGCAAGAGUCUGUCCAGUUUGUCCUCUCUGUCUCGCUCUACCAGAAUUCUCUAUCUGCCCCUGAGCACUGUGAGGAGAGCCAACUCAAAUGAACAUGUGGGAACUCUUACACGGAAAGAUUCAGGCGACUCCAAGGGCAACCGAACUCGCGCCGGAUCCACCGGCAGCAAUUCCAGCGGCAAAAGAAGUGACAGCAAACAGAGGGAUCCAGUGUUCAAUGCAGGGAUGCGACGUGUGACCCACUGCAAAGAGGAAGGUUAUGUGAAAAUGUAUUUGAAGGGUCGUCCCAUCACCAUGUUCAUGCCCAAAGACCAGGUGGAGGGCUACUGCCUGGAGGCCAGAGGCGAGCUGCCCAGCAACAAACUCAAACUGGACUGGGUCUACGGUUACCGCGGUCGUGACUGUCGCUCCAACCUUUACCUGCUGCCCACCGGAGAGACGGUGUAUUUCAUCGCCUCGGUGGUCGUCCUGUUCAAUGUGGACGAGCGGCUGCAGAGACACUACACUGGACACACAGACGACAUCAAAUGCCUGGCUGUCCACCCUGACAAAAUCACCAUAGCAACCGGGCAGGUGGCGGGAACCUCUUCAGAUGGAAAACAGCUGGCUCCUCACGUUCGUGUGUGGGACUCUGUCAGCCUCAACACCCUCCAUGUUCUGGGUACAGGCUUCUUUGACCGAGCCUUGGUGUGUUUGUCUUUCUCCAAGUCGAACGGAGGAAACACACUGUGUGUCGUAGACGACUCCAACGAUCACGUCCUGUCUGUGUGGGACUGGCAGAGAGAGGACAGACUGGCCGAGGUCAAGUGCUCCAACGAGUCGGUGUUCGCUGCGGACUUCCACCCGACAGACAGCAACAUCGUCGUCACCUGCGGCAAGUCACAUCUCUAUUUCUGGAACCUGGAGAAAGGCAUGCUGGUCAAGAAGCAGGGACUGUUUGAGAAACAGGAGAAGCCCAAGUUUGUGUUGUGCGUGACCUUCGCAGAAAAUGGAGACGCUAUAACUGGAGAUUCCAGUGGGAACAUCCUGGUGUGGGGAAAAGGCACUAAUCGUAUCAGCCACGUCAUCCAAGGAGCUCACGAGGGCAGCAUCUUUGCUGUGUGCAUGCUGAGGAACGGCACGUUGGUGUCCGGAGGUAAAGACCGCAGGCUCAUUUCUUGGGACAACGGCUACCAACAGAUACAAAUGGUGGAGGUGCCUGAGUUGUUUGGUCCCAUCAGGACCAUAGCAGAGGGCAGAGGGGAGACUGUGCUCAUCGGGACCACCAAGAACUUUGUUUUGCAAGGCAGCUUGGAUGGAGAAUUCAUGCCUAUUACACAGGGUCAUACUGACGAGUUGUGGGGUCUGGCUGUCCAUCCCUGGAAGCCUCAGUUCCUCACCUGUGGAUAUGACAGGCAGGUCAGCCUGUGGGACUCCAGCACCCAUCAGCUCAUCUGGACCAAAAGCAUGGAGGAUGCUGUCCAAUCAGCAGGCUUCCACCCAACCGGAGCUGUGGUUGCCAUAGGAACCCAAAUUGGCAGGUGGCUGGUGCUGGACACUGACUCUAAGGAUUUAGUCACGGUGCACACAGAUGGGAAUGAACAGCUGUCUGUUAUGCGCUACGGGCCAGAUGGUAACUUCCUGGCCAUCGGUUCCCACGACAACUACAUCUAUAUCUACGCUGUGGCAGAAAAUGGGAGGAAGUACAGCCGAGUGGGGAAGUGUUCGGGCCACUCUAGUUUCAUCACCCAUUUGGACUGGUCAAUGGACUCCCAGUAUCUGGUAUCAAAUUCAGGAGACUAUGAGAUACUGUACUGGAUCCCAUCAGUGUGCAAGCAGGUGGUCAGCGUGGAGACCACCAGGGAUAUCGAGUGGGCCACAUACACCUGCACUCUGGGCUUCCAGGUUUUUGGCUUGUGGCCCGACGGCUCAGAUGGCACCGACAUCAACGCCGUCUGUAGGUCCGGUGACAGGAGCCUCCUGGUUACUGGAGACGACUUUGGGAAGGUCCAUCUCUUCUCGUACCCCUGUUCACAGUUCAGGGCUCCCAGCCAUGUUUACAGCGGCCACAGCAGUCACGUGACCAAUGUAACCUUCCUGUACGACGACAGCUACCUGGUGUCGACUGGAGGGAAGGACAUGAGCGUGAUGCAGUGGAGGAUAGUCUGAGCUGGCAAACCGAAACAGAUACUGUCAAUUAAACUGCUGCUGGGGGUCUGAAACCCAGUUGAACUGAGCUGAACUGAACUGAACUGCACUAAACUGAACCGAACCAAACUUAAAUUAACUCAGAUGCUAAAAAGACGUGGAUCUGACUGAACUGAAGUGAGGUGACAGCAGAGGAACUUGCGUCCUGAGGUUUCCUUCCUGAUCUGCUCUCACAUCCCAAAAUGAGAUGAACUGGUAGAGGUGUAAUGUGCGAUUGCUUGAAAUACAAAAAUCCUGAAUAUUUCUCCAUUUCCUUUAUUCACACUACAUGUAAAAAAAAAAGAAAAAGAAAAAAAAGAAAUCUCUCUCUCUCUCUCACACACACACACACACACGCACUGUAGCCUAGUCACCAAUGACAUGACACGAAGCAAAUCAAACGGAUCAAAUCCAACGAAACAGAACCAAAGGCUCUGACUUUCUGACUGCAUUUGUACAGUUUGGCUUUCACUGUUUUUGUAUCGUGCACGCUCCUGCCACAGAUGACGGACUGAAUAGGUUUGCUUCGCUGCCUGUUCCAGACUGAAUAUCAUCGAGCUGGAGAUCCAAGAGCGCUGGGACAAAAACUGUGUACGGAAAGAAAGAAGAUAGUGAUUUUCUAAUUGUAAAACUUUCUUUUGUUUUGUAUUUAACAACUCAGGAAAGCCCUAGUGAAGCAGGACCCUUCCCUGUUAUUAACAUUGACAUAUCAGAGCGAGUCUCUGGCCACCCUAAAAACAUCUCACUAAAAUAUUCCGAGAGGCGUCAACCAUCAGAUACCAGGUAUUUUAUUCAGCCAUUACUGAUUUAUUUGCAUCGACUAAUUGUGUAUUAGAACUACAUAUAAAGUCAGGGCUGAUUCUGAAUUUGGUGCAAGGAGAAUAAUAUAGUUGAACAGGAGACACACUGCAUGGUUCUUUCCAGUCAGGUGGGAUGUUAACCAUCAUUUGGAACAAUUAUAUCAUGCAGGGUGAUGAAAAGUUACAUUGUCUGGAUUCAAAAUUAGGAUUUUAACCAUUUUCAGCAAAAUUGUCUGAACAUUUUCUAAAUGUUUGUGCUUCCAGGUCUUUCAAAAAAAGACGCUUUUCCUAUUAUUUAUUGACCAUGUUUCAAAUCCAUCACUGCUGACAUCAGUUCCUUUGAGUUUUUUCCCCCCAUAAUAAAACCCCAGUUUGUCCCAGACGUGUAAAUAUACAGAGAGGCUUGACACAGAUAUGAGCAAAAUGUGGGUUAAUAUGUGGUGUUUGAAACUGUUUCCAGUUUUUUUUUUGGAAUGAGUCGUUGUUUGUUUCCUUUGCCUCGAGGUGCAAGGAGAAUCAAAAUCAAGCAUGUACUGGGUUUUUCGAUGAUGUGAAGCCUUUUCAAACCUGUUAUCUCCUUACAGUUCGUUGCACCCAGAUCAGUUUAUGAAGGAGAAAGAUGAGACCAUUACACUGUAACUGUUUAUGUCUGAUGUGCUCUUCAGGUGUGCACCAUCAGUCACUGGCAAGAUAUUUAACUGAACUGAACCCUCUUGAGGUGGGUUUUUUUUUCCUAUAUUGCACUGCUUCAACCUGAUAAACACACAGCAGGUCUAUCAAGUAAAUUACCAUUUAGCACUUACUGGAGUUCUUCAAAAACCAAUGUCUGCUCUCUCAACUUUCCAAGCUAUGUACCAUCCGGUCAGAUCUAUGGUACGGUUCAUAGCAUGUCACACCAUGUCACAUCUUAUGGUUAACAGCAAGCCAAAAUUACUCACAUGCAUGAAUAACUAUAAUUCCUUUAAAGUGAUCAUUUAACAGGGUUAAGCUGAUUUUUUUUAGUGUGACCAUAACUGCCACUGAUAUGAGGCAUGUUGGUGUUGUUUUGAAAUCCAGACGGGUGACUGAUUGUUGGAGUUGUCUUUAUCAGGAAAACCACUGACAUCUAACAGCAGUGAUAUAAAGUCACCACUCUACAGAGUGAAUGUAACAUGAUUUGUCUGACCACUAAACACUUGGGGCUGCAGAAUAGCCUUCCAUUGGACACUUAACAUUUGUCUGAAAGUAAAUGCAACAUGAAAUUCC